CUCAGCGGCCGUCAAGCGGUUUAGUGAGGCGAUGAUUUGGUUUUGAACGGCAGAGCCGAGCGGGAGUGUGUCACUGGACUGGAUUCAAUCGUAACUGGAGUGUUGUGGUAACAGCGACGUAUCCUCAUGGCGACAGACAUUGUUGCACAGCUGGCCGACUCUCUGGCCAAGACCGGGGUGGAGGAUGGAGAGUUGAGCUACAAAGGCCAGGGAAGGAAGCUGGAUGAUGCCCAGACAGCGGAGGAGAUCGUAAAGGACAUCCAGGAGUUUGAGGGUUUGCAGGCUCUCAGGAUGGAGGGAAACACCGUCGGCGUCGAGGCGGCACAAGCCAUUGCCAAAGCCCUGGAGACGAAGAGCGACUUCAAGCGCUGCUAUUGGAGCGACAUGUUCACCGGUCGCCUGCGCUCUGAAAUCCCACCCGCCUUGAAUUCACUGGGCGAUGCCCUGAUGCUGGCAGGCGCCAGACUGACGGUGUUAGACCUCAGCGACAACGCGUUCGGGCCUGACGGCGUGAAGGGCAUUGAGAAGCUGCUCAAGAGCACCGCCUGCUUCACGUUACAGGAGCUACGGCUCAACAACUGCGGCAUGGGCAUCGGAGGGGGAAAGAUCUUGGCCGCUUCAUUGAUCCAGUGUCAUAAACAGUCCAGUGAGACUAGCGCCCCCCUCAGCCUGAAGGUGUUUGUUGCCGGGAGGAACCGUUUGGAAAACGAUGGAGCCACCGCCCUCGCUCAAGCUUUCCAGUUGAUUGGCAGCCUGGAGGAGGUGCAUAUGCCCCAGAAUGGUAUCAAUCACCCUGGUGUGACAGCUCUGGCCUCAGCAAUGCAGCAGAACCCAGGACUCCGGAUCCUCAACCUCAAUGACAACACCUUUACUGAAAAAGGGGCUAUAGCCAUGGCUCAGGCCUUGAAACACCUCCACAGCAUCCAGGUGAUCAACUUUGGGGACUGUUUAGUGCGACCAGAAGGUGCCAAAGCUAUCGCAGAAACCGUGUCGAAUGGCCUACCCACCCUCAAGGAGCUCAAUCUGUCGUAUGGCGAGAUCACAGCGGACGCAGCUCUGGCUGUGGCGCAGGCAGUGAAGAACAAGGACCAGCUGGAGAAACUGGACCUCAAUGGGAACUGUCUGGGAGAGGAUGGCUGCAAAGCUGUGAAAGACACCAUGGAAGGCGUGAACAUGAUCAAUCUUUUAGGAUCACUGAGUGACGAUGAGGGUGAGCCUGAAGACGAUGAGGACGAAGAUGAUGACGAGGACGAUGAAGAUGAGGAAGAUGUGGAUGAGGAACUUGAGGAGGAGGAAGAAGAAGAAGAGGAGGAGGAAAGCAGCACCAACAAGCUGUCCACUCCCGUGUCAGCACCGCGACCGCCAGACGUCUCUUCUUUCCUCAGCUUCCCGUCUCCUGACAAACUGCUGAAACUUGGCACCAAGAGAGCUUUGCUAGUCCAACAGCAAGUGGAUGUGACGGAUGCGAGGAAAACUGCUGAAGCCUUCCUGAAGAUCGCGUCUGUGUAUAAGGAGGAGAACAAUGAGGUCAAGAAUGCUGUGUUGGACACAAUUGACGCCCUCCUCACUAAAGCGUUCAGCACUCCUUCCUUCCAAGGCUACAGCUUCGUAUCUAUUUUGUUAGUGCUUCUGGGACUCAUCAAGAGUGAGGACAAGAUCAAGCCCGUCCUCGUUGUCCCGGGCCACCUCCAUGCCUUGGAGCACGUUGUUCGCCAGGACUACUUCCCUAAAGAGAACGUGGCAGUGCUCGAAGCAUUCAUGUCCCGGUAAGGGCGUGGUGAAUGAGCCAAUCAGCAUGCAGCAUCCAGGAGCAACAAAUCCUUGGAGUCGUGUGGAAAUGCCAGAAACGGCCUCCAGUCAACCCUGCAGAGAGUUCGAUCUCAGAGCUGAGGCACAUAGACUGAACUUGAUUCACUGAUGGACCUUUAAAAACCCCGCACACAUGAACCCGAGGGUUUAAACAAAGCUGCACUGGAGAAGAUCUCCAUUCUGGCACAAUGAGCUACGUCACUGCAGUUUAUCUGAAGCUUUUCUCUCAUUAAUCCUCAUGUUUUUUGGGACUCGCCUUGAAUGCAUUGGAAAUUGAUGCGCUCUUACAUUAGGAACUUCUUCUGUACACUAAGCCUAAACCACAGGACGGACGCGGCUGCACCCUGAACAUAUCCUGAAACAAAGUUGCUACCAUCUACCUGACCUCAUCACACAUUACACUGUAGUCUGACUGAGAGCAGUCUCAAGCUUCAGAUUUUCUCAGCUUUAUAUAUGGCUAAAUUUAGUAUUCUGUCAUUUAAUAUAAAAAAAAGUUCUGGUUUAAACGAUCUUGGUCAAAUGUCAAUGAAGUCAAUUGUUAAGUUAAACCAAUAGGAAUUUAAAAGCUGACGUCUUGACUGUCUUUUGUAGCUAGGUGCUGUGUUUUUUGAAUUUGAUUUGCAAAAAAAUAAAACAUUUAAAUGUU